CGUCAUUCUGUCUGCUCACAUUAAGCGUAGCUCCACCUCAACACCUGCAGAGCUUAAGAGAACGCAUUUACUGAAACACCUGUUUGUCAACACCUCGGUGUUUUGUGUGACUUUGAAGCUUUUUGUGUGGUGGGUGUCUUAAGGUAAUUAAGGAUUCAUUUAACUUAAUGUAUUUGAUAAGUUUCCUCUUGUUUGUGUGGUCAUUUCAUGCAGUUUGUGGAGAUUUUAGUCGGUUUUUAGCAAAAAGAAGCUGGCAGAAUUUGUCUGUUAUAAUUCGAAGGUGAGAUAUACAAUUGGUUUAAUAACAUUAAGCACAUAAGUAGACUUACAGAUUAAUGUAGACUACGUUGUCCAAAUCUUUUAACAAAGCGAUUGUACGACAGAAACUUUAAUGACGCAAGAGGUGAAUUUUUUCAUUGUUUUGUUUGCGGGAGCAGAUGUGAUGUAAACUAUUUCUCAGUGUACAACAAAAUAAAUAUAGAGAUCUAUAGAUUGAUGUAUAAUCUAAAGAAAUACAAUCUUUUAAAAGGUGUCUCACUGCUUUAAAAAAGACCAACCAGUGUGUUUAUGUAACAGACGGUGAACGCAUUCCGUCCUUGAACGUGUAGUUGAAGCUCGGCAUACCUGUGACACUCAGCCGUGACACUCGGCUGUGAAAUGUAUCUCUACCUGUUCUGACAAAACAAAAGCAAAAGACAUGACCGUCUUACAACAAAGAGAUUCAAAAUGGUUAACUUCACUUCAAGGUGGUUUGAAACAUAAACCUUUUUAACGGACACAUCUCAUCAAACAUAAGAUCAUCAGCCGUAUCUCAUGUUCAGACUUCCUGUCUGACUGAGUCGCUGCGAUGUGGAGAAUAUUCAAACUGAGCAUCCUGUUGCUGGGCCUGACUCUGGUCCUGUUCGCCCCGGCCUGCGGAGCCUCUUCUCUGGGGCUGAUGGUCCACGUUGUGCCCCUGGACAGCAAUGGAGGGAAUACGGUUCGGGCUCAUUUCACCGCCAUCACUCCGAGUCCCUGUCCGUCUCUGUCUGGACUGUGUUCUGCAGGGGAGGACUGUCUGGUCCACACAACAUCGUUACCUUUCACCGGCACCAAACCCAGCCCCGGCUGGUGUGUCUGCCGGUGGCAGAAAACUGUCCCCAGUAAAUACAAAGCCACCAUAAAUUUAGGGUCCAACACAGAAAUGUAUGUAUCGAUGAACGCAGGACCGAAGGUUCGAGCAAACAGCGGGAGACUCAACCAACCUGCUUAUGUUGGUCUCCCUCCUCCACUGAGGGUCCGAGCGAACUGCCCUCACCACUUCCAAUUAUCGGUGAAAGACCUGGAUGGUGACAGGGUGACGUGUCGCUUUGCCCGGCCCGACGAGGAAGAGUGUCUCAACUGCACUCAGCACUCCUUCAUAGAGCUGAAUGAGGACAAAUGCAUGUUGUUGUUCACUGGAAACGCACCAGUUGGACAGUAUUUCAUCUACCUGAUGGCGGAGGACCACAUUCCUGUGCCCAAAACAAGCCGCCUCCAAGACAAUAAACCCCUCAGCUCUGUCCCUGUGCACCUCUCUCUCACUGUGGAGGAGUCGGCUUACAGCUGCACUGAUGAAACUGUGGCAACAGGUGACACCCCCAAAGAGGACACCACGCUGUUUGUCCUGCCGUACCAGGAGGUGCAAUUCAACACUGACUUCUCGUCACAGCGGGAGAGUGUUUCAGAGGUGGCGGUGGUCGGUCCCCCUGAACUCUACAGGGUUGGUUUCAAAUCGAUCAGCUCCCUGUCAGCCAUGACGAUGGCCUGGAUCCGCUCCCAAAACAAACUGCCCCGGCUUUUGCCCAUCUGCUUUGCUGCGAAUACCAAAAGUUUGCAGUCAGAGCCCCGAUGCGUGUGGCUGUACCAAAGGGAGAUGAGGAUGCUACCCGAUGGAACAGUGCUGACGUGUGAGAAGACGGCGAUGACUCUGGUGCUGCCUGUCGCCUCCCUGAGGGACAUCGACCUGGACGAGCUGCAGCUCAACAGCCCCACCUGUCCCAUCACCCACAACAGCACACACCUGACUGCAACUAUCUCCUUGACUGGCUGCGGCACCAAGACUGUGCACUCUGGUUCAGAGCUGGUUUUCACCAACACCUUGCAAAGUGUGCGUCCCUACACUAUGGUCAGCAGCGAGCCCUCCCUCGUCCUCCCUCUGGCCUGCCGAAUCCCCGGAGUCCAGGCCAAGGGGUCGCAGUACAAGAUAGGCAUACCCACAGAGAGGGAGACCUUCGGUGAGGUCAUGAUUUGGUUAGAACUUCACUUACCAGGAGAGGGGCCCCUGGCAGAAUUCACACGCAUCCCCAAGUUUCGCGCCCUCCGGAUGGCGCCGGGGCGAGUGCGUCGAGAAGCAGAAUCACCAUCAGAGAGCAACAGCAGCUCCCGUUAUAACAGCACCGCUAGCAACAGAACCUCCACUUAUGACAGCAAGGCCAUCGGGUCCAGGAUCUCCAAGGUGGACCUCCUCGUGUUGUCCAACUGCAGCAUCGCUCGAGCCGAGAUGAUGGUGGGCAAUUGCAUGGAGUCUGAGACGGAGGACUUUGCAGUGUCCUACCCCAUUAUGGAGCAAGGGUGUGCGUCUUCCGAAAGCACAUUAGAGGUUGUUACAACACGAAACAAUUCCAAGGUUUACCGCCUUGAUUUGAGCACUGUGAAGACCAAAGGAUCGUCGAUGUUCGUCCAGUGCACAGUCAAUCUUUGCAUCACCACCUUACCAUCUCAGAAGUGCCCUAGUCUGUGUACCCCUUCCUUUGAUUCCAGAAUACUGGUUGACAGUUUGUUUACCAGCUCCUACACCAUUAGAUCAGGCCGCGUUAGCCUUAUGGUCACCACUCCUGCACCGACCACGGCAGCCGUCAUCACCGCUCCGACGACCACUACUGCACCGACCGCUACUGCACCGACCACUACUGCACCGACCGCUACUGCACCGACCGCUACUGCACCGACCGCUACUGCACCGACCACUACUGCACCGACCGCUACUGCACCGACCGCUACUGCACCGGCUGAUGCUACACUGAUUACUGCUGUGGUUACAACUACUAACACAUCAGUCAGUCAUGCUCCAGAACAGGCCUCGUCCAUGGCAGCAGGAGUGAUUAUAACAACUAUCGGUGUAUUUCUUCAAAACAUCCUCCUUUACUGAGCAUGCUGCUGGGUGAUGAUCUGUGUAUGUUAAGUUUUUCCAGAGACAUAAAUAAAGCAGAGAGCACACUACAUUACUGUCAAAAAAACUCCCCAAAAAAACAUAAAAUAAUUGCUGCACUGUUCACAUUUACGGCUGAGCUAAAUGGCCAGAAUCCUAAUGAUUUUGUAUCUCAAUAAUGACAUAAGUCCUGAUAAUGCAUGUUUUCAAGUAAUUUAAUAAAGCCUAUGUGAAAUAACAUCAUGGUAUAACCUAUUUUUGUUUACUCCUCUGUCAAUGAAAUACUUAAGUACUGAGUAUUUUGUCAUUAAAUGAAGAACUUCAGUGCAAAAGUGAAAUUAUAGAGGAAAAACUAUAUGUAUCUAUAUUUCCAGCAUGUAAACAAUACACCGACUCUGUUUACAUGUGUGCACACAAAAACAGAGUCAUCAGAUGAAGACAGCAGUUUGAUUUAACUACACUGGGGUAUUUGCAUAAACAAAAUUAUUCUGAGAAAUUGUGAGUUAAUGUGCUAUUCAUCAGUAAAUCUCAAUAUGUGAUUUCAUCGAGAUAUGAAUCCAUUGAAAGCAAAUAAAUGAUCAUAUUGAAUUAUCGCCCAGCUCACAUUGAAUGAUCUGUAUUAUUGUAUCAUCUCACCAGUAGUAGUAGGAUGCUAAAGGAUGCGACAGACAAGGUAGUCACACAUUUAAGACCUGGAGGUCCUGAUGGUCUCCAGGACUUAAACGUGUCGACCUGGAGGUCCUGAUGGUCUCCAGGACGUAAACGUGUCGACCUGGAGGUCCUGAUGGUCUCCAGGACGUAAACGUGUCUACCUGGAGGUCCUGAUGGUCUCCAGGACGUAAACGUGUCGACCUGGAGGUCCUGAUGGUCUCCAGGACGUAAAUGUGUGACUAUACCUUGUCUGUCGCGUCCUUUAGCAUCCUACCACUACUGGUGAGCUGAGAUACAAUAAUAAGCUGACCUUGUAAUUGUAACAUCGUUGGUUCGAGUAUGUGAACUUUGUUUUAUGUCAUUCUUCUCUUUCCCAUCACUUCCUGUCUGCAGUCUACUGUUUAAGCAAAUAAAUGUAAAAAUAUAUAUUUUUAAAAAGAAUUUAUAAGAGCAUGAGACUUAGUUAAAAUGUCCUAUUUUGCGUCCUUUACUGUCUAGAUGCUGGAUGUAUUAGAGUUCAUUGCACAUGCAGUAUUUUGUUAUUAGAAGAGAAUAAAAUAAAAACAGCUAAUCAGACUACGUAUUGUUGGAUGUCACAAGCUUUUGAGCAGGGAAUAACAAAUACACUGCUUUCCUGCUGCUCGCUGUUGUCAAAAUGUUUACCUGUUACAAACAUUGUGGAUAAAAUGUUGGAGUAUUUGAAAAACAUUUUAGAUUAUUCAAAUAUUCAUUCAGACACUUUGACCCUCUAAACCUGUCUCAGACCUAAGGAACCUGUAUGAGACGGUAACAGUGCUGGUGGUUGUGUGACGUGCAUCCCUCUGCACAUUAAAUGUAAAAGUAUUUUUCUAUAAUAAAAUGUUAAUGUGACAUAAUAUAUAUAUAUAUUAAUAUAUUGAACACUUGCAAACCUUUAUGUGUUGUUGAUUUGUUCGGUUACAAAGCUGUAAAUGCUGGUGGUCAGUUAGACAUCUAUUUCAAGAUUUUAAGAAAUGUUGCAUCACAAAGAAGGAGCUGGUUAGAACAUAGCAAAAAGAAUUACAGUGUUAAACGAGGAAAGGGUACGUAAGCCACUUUUUAUACAUUAUAAUACAUUAUCAUUAUUUUUUAUUUACUUGGGCAUUGACAACAUGACAUAAUGAUAAUGCUACAACUACUAAUAAUGAUAAUAAUGUUAAUCAGAGAGCACUUUUCAAAAACCAAGCUACAAAAAGCUUCACAUAAGUAAGACAAGCAACAAAAUUAAAAGGUAUAUUGAACAACUUACAGUCAAUGAUAAAAUCAAACAAUCCAUCAAAAGAAAAUUACAAUACGUCUUAUUGAUAGAAAUAUAAAACAAAUGAAAAACAAGUGUAUAUUAUGUCAAGAUAAAUGUAUAAAUUAAAACAUGAUGAAAAAUUUUGACAUAUGUUCUGGUAGUUUGACUUCUAACGUCUGAAUUGUGUACUUUGCCCUUCACAGACAAAAUCAAUAGACGGAAAGUUGAAAUACUUUUUGCUUAUAAUUUUGCUGAAAGCUCAGAGAAGCUAAUAAGGGAGUAGUUCAAUUUACUACACACACAUUUUGUAAAAAAAAUGAUUUAAGUUGGUAAACUGCAUUGGCAGAGCUACAGGUACAGUAUACAGAAGCAGUUUUAUGCAAUUCAGAGAAAAGUUCCUGUUGCAUGUGUGCAAAGUGAGAUUAUGCACCAUCAACUGCUAAAAAAGUAAAAGUGAAGCGAGUCUAUUUAUGGUCCCGAACAACGUUUA